AUGAAGAUCAAACUUUUGGUUCUUGGUCUCUGGACCCUUCUAGAGUUGUUUGGGUUGUCCUACACAGCUUCUUUCGAUGACUUUGCAUUCUCGGAUGAUUCCUCAGUAGUCUAUACAUACAAUCGGUUUGCUGAGAUUGAAAAGCAAUGCAGCCCUUUUCUCUCUUCAGCUUCUGAGUUGAAACCCGAUGAUAGUAGAAGUUAUAGACUUAAGAAUGAACUAUCUUUCUUCAAUGGCGAUUGGGAGCAGGAGGCUGGUGGGGCGCCUUUGAUGCCAUUUGAUGACAGUGACAUGCCUGCGGACAGUUCUUCUUUCGUCUCUCCCUUAAAAUUGGUUAGUUUUGAGGUGAAGGAUGUCAACUCGGUCCAUCAAUCCAAAAAAGUCGUUAGUCUCAGUGGUGUUUUGUCUAUUGGCAUAUCUAGAAAUAGCACUUAUGCUCCUGAAUUGUUCUCAAGCUUUUACUAUAUGAGACCUGGUCUCUCUGCCCUCAAAAUUGUCUUUGAAGGUGUGUACAUUGAAACUGAGGAAAAUGGAGGGGAACACUUGCUCUGUUUGUUGGGAAUUUCAACUCUGCCAUAUUAUGAUUUGGUUGAUGUUUUUCAAGAUAUGACGGACAAUUUUGGUUCGCAUUACAAGCGCUGGCCUCAAUUGAAGCAAGAUGAUCAGAUAUUUCUUAUUCUCCAUUACCCUCGGACCUUCAGUUUGACAACACGUGCAAUCCGAGGUGAAAUGAGAAGUUUGAAUAAACGAGAAAGCUUUCAGUACUUUGAUAAAGUUCACAUAUCUUCUCAGUUGGGUCGUUACUCAAAAUAUCAGUUCAUUACUGAAAAGCUCAAGUCAAGAACUUGUGAUCCACGUCCAAUACAAUAUGAACUGCUGGAAGAUGGUGUCAACAUGCUAAAUGCCUCUGAGUUCUGUAAAGUCCUCAAAUAUUUCUCAAAUGAAGCUUACAGCAUUGCUCCAAAUUGGAAAUUUAGUGGCAGAUAUGAGAGACAUAUUAGGUUGGGCCCUUUUUUGCUUGGCAAGGAGAUUAAAUCUGUUGACUGGACGAAUGUAAAGCUUAUGAUGCAGAAUAUAAUAUGUGAGGAGGAAACCACUGACUAUAAGACCGGAAAUGCCAGGGUUUCUGCAGUAUUUAGAGCAUUUGCACUCAUGGAACGACAUGUCGUAGCAAUGAGGAGGGGUCUUUCUGGCCUGACACUUUCCGUGGAGGGAAUAUGGAAUUCCUCCAUGGGGCAGCUUUGCAUGGUUGGUUGUAUUGGAGCUGUUGAUUCAGGUUUGGAAGGAUGUGAUUCUCAGAUCUCACUGUACUUUCCUCGCUCACUUUCUAGCAGGCAGAGAAGCAUCAUUUACGGAAGCAUUUCCAGCAUUGAAAACGAAACUAACUCGUACUUUCCCAUACUGUUCGGGUUGGAAAUGAGUCCCUCAAAUAUCCGCAAUAACCAUGAGUGGUAUUCUAGCUCUUAUCUGUCAUACAGUUACGCGAAGACUGAAUUGGCCGGUGCAUUUAGGGAGAGAAGUCAGCCAUCUAAGUUUAUUGCAAUCAUCAGGCAAUAUCUCCUAACUUAUCCAGCUCUGGAAGACAAAGAAGACUCACUUGCCAGUUUAAAUCUUCUCUCUAAUGAUCUCCAUCUUGCUGCCUAUGUAGCCCCCAGGUACAUAAAUUUCUUUGUUCUAGCUGAGGUGCUUUCUUUAGGUCCUUUAGUUGGUCGUUAUACUCCCCGAUCAUAUAAAGAUGGUUCUCCAGUUAAUGCUCAAGUUGAACUCACUAGUUCUGAUCGCUUGAAUGUGUCCCUUCAUCUCAAGUUUGGAGAAGAUAAUAAACCUUACAAAAGUGAAGCAAGGAUGUUCUUGGAAGGUCUCUAUGAUCCACUAGUUGGUGAGAUGUAUUUGAUUGCCUGUGCGAAGGCUAUGGCUGAGAGUAUAAAUAUUGAGAGUGGGCUAGACUGUUCGACCGAAGUGAAAAUUGAGUACCCAUCUGAAAGUUUGAGAUGGCUCAUAAAUCCAACUGCGAAGAUCACCAUUACCAACCAAAGGAGUGAAUAUGACCCCCUUUAUUUUCUCCCAAUAAGGGCGAGGACCUCUGUUAUUCGAUAUGGAAAUCAUGAAAGUGAUGUUCUCUUCCGGAAAGUUUUUGAGGGAAUUCUUCGGAUAGUGAUGCUUUUGGUGUCAGUUGGAAUCAUAAUAAGCCAGCUCUUGUACAUGAAGCGAAAGACAGUUGCAAUUCCAUACAUAUCGCUUGUGAUGCUGGGCAUCCAAUUUCUUGGCUAUAGCCUUCCCCUUAUCAGCAGUGCUGAAAUUCUGUUCAAAUCAAAGGAAUCCGAAUCUUACAGAAACCAUCCGUAUGACUAUCAAAGAUACCAAAUGCUCUUCAAGGCCCUUGACUACACUGCAAAACUUCUUGUGUUGGCUGCCUUGCUACUCACUGCUAGGGCUUUCCAGUUGGUGUCAGCAUCUCGAAAUCAACUGCAUUCACAUGGAACUUCAGAACCAGUAGCUGUCCCUAGUGAUAAGCGGGUUCUCCUAAUUACCAUAGCUGUUCACAUUUUUUGGUUCUUCCUUCCCUAUGGGCUGUUGCUUCUAUUCGGAAAGGAUACAAACACCGUAAGUGUUGAUAUGCUGCAAAAUUGGUUGAUGGGAUUUGGGGCAUAUUUCGGUCUGGUUCAAGAUUUCUUUAUGCUUCCUCAAAUCAUUGGAAACUUCUUGUGGAAGCCCCGUGUUCAGGCCCUUCAAAAAUACUACUUUUCUGGUUUCGUAUUGGUAAGUCUUCUUCUUAGUUUCUAUGAUAACUUGAGAGAUCCUGUUGUAGACCCCUACUCUGAGAGUGUUCCAUUUUAA